UUGGGCUCAUUGCAGGCUGUGUGUGGUUCCACAGAAGGUGUCCUGCCGACAGCUCACGUCCCUUGGAAAUGCGGCGGCUGCUGCCCCUCGUGUGUUUGGCGCUUGCCCUCGAGGCCCAGGCUUUUGAAUUUCUCAUAAACGGAGAAUGGGAAGAAGAGAGCUUCCCAUCCGAUGGAAAUUUGGGUGAACACCAGAAUGGGAAAUUCAGGAGGAGUGUGAUGGGACCAGAUGACAAAGAUGACGGAGACUUUGAGGCUUUCGCCGGGAGUGGCAUCAUCGUCCGGAGCUACAAGGUGGAGAGCCGCAUCACGUCGCGUUUUGCCCACACCACAGUCAGGAGCUUGGUGGUCAAUGUGGCACAGCAGGCGGAGAGCAUUGCCUUCAACGUGCAGAUCCCCAAACGAGCCUUCAUCACCAACUUCACCAUGAAUGUGAACGGGGUCAUGUUUGUCGGCUCUGUGAAGGAGAAGACGGUGGCUAGAAACCUCUACGCCCAGGCUAGAGCUAGAGGCAAAGCAGCAGGCAUAGUAAGAACGAAUGCCCAGGACAUGGACACGUUUAAGAUGGAGGUGCAUGUCCCAGCGAACAGCAACAUUGAAUUCGAGCUCCACUACCAGGAAAUGAUGCAGAGAAAACUGGGGUUCUAUGAGCACUCACUGUAUCUGCAGCCUGGCCAACUGGUUCCUAUCCUGCAGGUCGAUGUGUAUAUCUAUGAGCCAAAAGGAAUCGCGGUUGUGGAGGCUCCCAACACCCUGGGAGAGCAGUUCAAGAACUUAGCAAAAGUUGUGACCUCCAAGGACAAGGCCCACGUAGUUUUCCGGCCCACGCUGUUUCAGCAGAGAAAGUGUGACAGCUGCAGCACUACAGCCGUGGAUGGCAUUUUCACCGUGCGAUACGAUGUACACAGAGACAACAGCGCUGGAGAGUUGCAGGUCUCAGAUGGGCACUUUGUGCAUUUCUUUGCCCCGAACAACCUGUCCUCCAUGCCCAAAAACAUUGUGUUCGUCAUCGACGUGAGCGGGUCCAUGUGGGGUAUCAAGAUGAAGCAGAUGGUGGAGGCCCUACAGACCAUCUUAGAUGACCUCACCAUAGACGACCACUUCAGCAUCAUUGACUUCAACCACCAUGUGCGCUGCUGGAGUGAGGACCUGGUCCAUGGCAGCUCCACCCAGGUGGCUGAUGCCAAGAAGUACAUCCAGUCUAUCAAGCCCAGUGGAGGAACCAACAUCAACGAGGCCCUCAUGAGGGCCAUCCACAUGCUGAACAAAGCAGCCAACCAGGGUUUCAUUGACCAGCGCUCUGUCUCCAUGAUCAUCUUCGUGUCUGAUGGAGACCCCACCAUUGGUGAGAUCAAGCUCAGUGCCAUCCAGAAGAAUGUGAAGCGUUACAUACGUGAGGAGUUUUCCCUUUUCUCACUGGGGAUUGGCUUUGAUGUGGACUUUGAUUUCCUGGAGCGGAUCUCCAUGGAGAAUCGAGGCAUCGCCCAGAGGAUCUACGCUCGUCACGAUACCUCUGAGCAACUUCGGAACUUCUACCGCCAGAUUUCCUCUCCGCUCCUGAGGAAGGUCACCAUCCAGUUUCCUGAGGACAGUGUGUCGAACGUCACUCAGAACCACUUUGACAAGUUCUUCAGCGGCUCCGAGCUGGUGGUAGCUGGGAAAGUCCAAACUUGCUUUUCCUCUCCUCUAAUUAGUUUUGUCACUGCCUCCUCGGCACAAAUGGACCUCUCCCUGCAGACAGAGACAGACUGCACAGAGUUAGACUCGCUUCUGGGGCACCAGUCUCACUCCGUGGCUGGGUUCGCGAGGCAGAUGUGGGCCUACAUUACUAUCAACCAGCUUCUGGCUGAGAGAUCCCUAGCCAAGACUGCAGCCGAAAAGAGGAAGAUCACGCGGAAGAUCCUGAAGCUGGCACUGGAGCACCAGUUUGUGACACCAUUCACUGCCAUGCUUGUGGAGAGCGAGACGGGUCAGGAGAGGCUGCUCGCUGACUCUCCAAAGGACCCCAAACACGGCUGCUGCAUAGGCACCCCCCUGGGUAGAAAGACAGAAGUGUUGGUUCAAAGUGUCCCACCCUGGGCUCUGAGUACACCUCCACCCAGCGAGGCCAAGACUGACCGCAUCAUCACUAUGGUGGAGAAUGACCCCCACUUCACAGUUCACCUGCCCAAGAGUCAUAUGGAUGUGUGCUUCAACAUUGACUCAGAGCCGGGACACAUUCUAAACUUGGUAUCAGAUCCAGAAUCAGGCCUUGCAGUGAAUGGACAGCUAGUAGCGGGAAAGAAGAUAAAGAAUAACAAGCUGAACACGUACUUUGGCACCAUUUCCAUUUACUACAAGACCUCAGGGAUCAGGGUGGAUGUGAGCACACAGCAGGUCAACCUGAUCCAUGGCAAGGACCAGCACUCCUUCUCCUGGGCGUCCACAGCCAACAUAACACUCAGUGGAAUGAAGCUCUCCAUUGUGAAAGACGCUCACGUGACCAUAACCGUAAAUAAUGGGACGACUUUCAUGGUCUUGCUGCAUCGCGUUUGGAAGAAACACCCAUUCAAUGUGGACUUCCUGGGUAUCUACAUCCCCAGCAACAACAUAUACUCCACCCGCGUACACGGCCUCAUCGGUCAAUUUGCUGUUGAACCUGAGGUAAAGAUCUACAAUAUCCAUGAUGGUGCUGACCCGGUGAAGCAGGAGGCCACCAUGGAGGUCAAGGGGAACAAACUUGCUGUCACCAGGGGCUGGCAAAAAGACUACAGAAAGGACCGGAAAUACGGCUCUAAUGUUUUCUGCUGGUUUGUUCACAACAAUGGAAAAGGCUUCAUUGAUGGACAAUACAAGAACUACAUUGUUCCACAGAUGGACAGUUUCUUUAAGCAGGAACUUAAAUAAAAGUUAAUCUCUAUACAGUGUAGUAAAGGAAAGGUAAGGAUGAAAAGCAGAAAUGAAUGGCUUGAACCAACAUAAAUAAGCAAAAAACGUGUCGAUGUGACCUGCUCUGUUGACCCUGGUCUCAUUGUGUAGUGAUACAGGAAAAACACAUACAGCCAUACUGCUGACUAUCAGUGGUGAAGCUUUCACUGGGUUUAAAAUUAUGGAAUCCGGAACUUCAGAUUACCGGACUAUUGCCAGAAGAGGUGAAAAUUGUAUUAAAAAGACUUAUUUGCACUUACGACUUCUAUGCAGCAUUUCAGGUUCAGUGCCUUCCCUUGGAUAGAAGUUAAUUCACCGCUUGACUUUUGUUUUAUUACUUUGAUAAUAAUUUCAAACUGUACCCUCAAAUUUUUAAUAUGAGAAUUUCCAAUUUCCAGUUCAAUGUAACUGUGACUGAUGUUUCCAACAAAUCCAUUCUUUGCUGGUCCUCAAUUUGCAUUCCAGGUAAAUACAAAUAAAGUAAAAAAGACCA